GAGACAAAACAUGUGUGAUGAUGAGAAGUGGGUCAGAAGUCGUGAUCGCCUCUUCACCAAAGCCAAGAGAAGCAACUGUGAUGUGCCUGAUCAGAAUGAGCUUCAGACUUAUGCCAGCUUGGAAAAGAUGUUGCAUAAGGCGAUUCAUGUUGUCCGGCAACUGAAAAAGAAGGGAAACAGCAACACUUCUUCUGCACCAAAACAACAAAAUUUGAGGACAAAUCUUUUUGAAGAGGAAGGGAAUGAUGUGCCGCAGACCACGGAUCAUUACAUGGAAUCAGCUCAGCAUGGAGUUCAGGACGUUCUGAACAUUUCAACCGAGGUUCAUGUUUUUCACCGUGCCAUACUUGACUUGGGUCGAGCCAGACUUAGCUUGGGUGGUGAAAAAACCAAAGACGGACAUGCAUUCUCAUCCGGCGGACCAUCCGGACAGUCCCGCAAGCGUCCUUAUCUUUACCCCGUGCAUCCAUCUGGUUCGGAUGAAUCUAGACAUCUUGACUGGUCUUCUCCGUUUUCCGUACCUUGACCAGAUCUAGUCUUCUCUAUUUUCCGUGCCUUGACUAGAUCUAGUCAAAUUUAUAUUUCCUAUGCAUUGUUUUCCCACAUUUUCUUUUAUUGUCUUUGACUACAAAACACU